CCUAUCCUCCAUCUCCAGAUCCGAUCUCACUCUUCCUUUCUCUCUCUAAAACCUGCAAUUCUCUAGAGAGAGAAAGCGGAGCUUCCCAAUUUCUCUCUCUCUCUCUCUCUCUCUCUCUCCUCCUUCUCGCCGGCGAUGGUGGAGGCUCAGACAUGGACGACGCGGCGAAUGAGCAACCCUCGGCUCGACGCCUCCACCGCCGCCGCGGACCAGGCCGUCGACAUUCCAAUGACGCCGCCGAGCGACGUCCGCAACAACUCCGGCGGUUUUCCGAUCGGAUCCUAUCUCUCGCCGAACCUCUUGACCGUGGUAAUCAUUCUCUCCUGGUACUUCUCCAACAUUGGCGUUCUUUUACUCAACAAAUAUCUCCUCAGCUUCUAUGGCUACCGCUACCCGAUCUUCCUCACCAUGCUCCACAUGCUCGCUUGCGCCGCUUAUAGCUAUAUCGCCAUUAAUUUCCUCGAGAUUGUUCCGUUGCAGCACAUUCUUUCUCGUAAACAGUUCUUCAAAAUCUUUGCCCUCAGCGCCAUUUUCUGCUUCUCCGUCGUCUGCGGCAAUACUUCUCUUCGCUACCUUCCGGUUUCGUUUAAUCAAGCAAUCGGCGCUACGACGCCGUUUUUCACUGCGAUUUUUGCUUUCUUGAUUACUUGUAAGAAGGAGUCUGCUGAGGUUUAUCUUGCGCUUUUGCCUGUGGUGUUUGGGAUUGUUUUGGCCAGUAAUAGCGAGCCGUUGUUUCAUUUCUUUGGAUUCUUGGUGUGCGUUGGGUCUACGGCUGGGCGAGCGUUGAAAUCUGUGGUUCAGGGGAUAUUGUUGACCUCUGAGGCUGAGAAACUUCACUCGAUGAAUUUGUUGUUGUACAUGGCCCCAAUGGCUGCUUUGAUUUUGCUUCCUUUUAGUCUUUACAUUGAAGGGAAUGUAGCUGCCAUUACUGUCGAGAAAGCUCGAGGGAAUUCGUUUAUUGUGUUCUUGUUGCUUGGCAAUGCUACGGUGGCUUAUUUGGUGAAUUUGACCAAUUUCUUGGUGACGAAACACACCAGUGCGCUCACAUUGCAGGUUCUUGGGAAUGCAAAGGCUGCAGUGGCGGCUGUUGUCUCUGUUUUGAUCUUCAGGAACCCUGUUACGGUGAUGGGCAUGGCUGGAUUUGCUGUGACUAUAAUGGGUGUGGUGCUUUACAGCGAGGCGAAGAAGAGGUCCAAAGUUACAACCCACUGAAGAUAAGAUAAGAUCCGAUCUGGAUUAACUUUAUAUCGAUUGAUCUAUCGCAAUAAGGGUACGUCCAUUUUCUUUGAUUUAUUGAUUUUGUUAAAUCUUGAAAGUAGAGAAUGGAAUGUAUAGGAUUAGGGGAGGAAAGGGAAAUUUAUCAUGCUUUUCUUUUCUUCUUUGAAUUCUCCUCGAUUGGGGUGGCCUUUGGGAGUGAAAUUCCCUCGUUUUGGCCUUGCUGCAACUUGUAUACUUCUGCCUGCAUGCUGGGAAACACGAAGACAAUUCAAAUAUAAUGUUCAAUUUGAUUCUAUGGGGGAGGGAAAUAAUUCCUUCUCCCUGAUUUCAUUUUGUUGAAAAAUUCUCUCCUUUUAUAGAAUACUUUCAAGUUUUUGUUGAUGGAAUGGAAGACAAAAUAGGAGAGUAGUUUCAAGAAAGUUGAUUCAUUGACAACAUAUUUGAAAUUGUGUAGUUGCAAGAAGGUUUAGACAAAGAAUGCCAAGAUACAGCAAAAAUCUAUAUAUACUGUUCUUUGUCAAUAUGUUAUCAGAUUCUUUUGCCUCAUAUAUGAAUCAAUAGCUUUGUUGCCGUUCCAAA